GCGCCCGUCACGUGGGCGGCGACGUUUCGCGCCAAUUUCGGUUGGUCGGCAGGAGCCCGCCGCGCGGACGCUUUUCUGCUGUCCUGGGAGUGAGCGCCUUGAGCCCGCCAACCGCUGCCGCACGGGCGAUGGCAGUUAAAGACUACGUGCUCGAGAAAGAAAAGGUUAAGAAAUUCCUACAAGAGUUUUAUCAGGAUGAUGAAUUUGGCAAGAAGCAGUUCAAGUAUGGGAACCAGUUGGUUCAACUGGCUCAUCGGGAACAAGUGGCAAUGUACAUAGACCUAGAUGAUAUAGCUGAGGAUGACCCUGAGUUGGUGGACUCCAUCUGUGAGAAUGCCAGACGCUACACCAGCCUCUUUGCUGAUGCUGUACAAGAGCUGCUGCCUCAGUACAAGGAGAGGGAGGUGGUAAACAAAGAUGUUCUGGAUGUUUACAUUGAACAUCGGCUGAUGAUGGAACAGCGGAGCCGCGACCCUGGGGCAGCCCGAAGCCCGCAAAACCAGUACCCUCCCGAACUCAUGCGCAGAUUUGAGCUCUACUUUCAAGGCCCAAGCAGUAACAAGCCUCGUGUGAUCCGGGAAGUACGGGCUGACUCUGUGGGGAAAUUGGUCACUGUACGUGGAAUUGUCACUCGUGUCUCCGAAGUCAAACCCAGGAUGGUGGUGGCCACUUACACUUGUGACCAGUGUGGAGCAGAGACCUACCAGCCGAUCCAGUCUCCUACUUUCAUGCCUCUGAUCAUGUGCCCCAGCCAGGAGUGCCAGACCAAUCGCUCAGGAGGGCGGCUGUAUCUGCAGACACGUGGUUCCAAAUUCAUCAAAUUCCAAGAGAUGAAGAUGCAGGAACAUAGUGACCAGGUGCCCGUGGGAAACAUCCCUCGUAGCAUCACCGUGCUGGUAGAAGGUGAAAACACAAGGAUUGCCCAGCCCGGGGACCAUGUCAGCGUCACUGGCAUCUUCUUGCCCAUCUUGCGCACUGGGUUCCGACAGGUGGUACAGGGUCUCCUCUCUGAAACUUACCUGGAAGCCCACCGAGUUGUGAAAAUGAGCAAGAGUGAGGACGACGAGUCUGCAGCUGUAGAGCUAAGCAGGGAGGAGUUGACGCAAAUUACAGAGGAAGAUUUCUAUGAGAAGCUGGCAGCUUCCAUCGCCCCGGAGAUCUAUGGGCACGAAGACGUGAAAAAGGCCCUGUUGCUCCUGCUGGUGGGAGGGGUGGACCAGUCUCCUCGGGGCAUGAAGAUCAGGGGCAACAUCAACAUCUGCCUGAUGGGGGACCCAGGUGUGGCCAAGUCCCAGCUGUUAUCCUACAUCGAUCGCCUGGCACCCCGCAGCCAGUACACGACGGGCCGGGGCUCCUCAGGAGUGGGGCUCACAGCGGCUGUACUGAGAGACUCUGUGAGCGGAGAACUAACCCUAGAGGGCGGGGCCCUCGUGCUGGCUGACCAGGGAGUGUGCUGCAUUGAUGAGUUUGACAAGAUGGCCGAGGCAGACCGCACAGCCAUCCAUGAGGUCAUGGAGCAGCAGACCAUCUCCAUUGCCAAGGCCGGCAUUCUCACCACACUCAAUGCCCGCUGUUCCAUCCUGGCCGCCGCCAACCCUGCCUACGGGCGCUACAACCCUCGCCGCAGUCUGGAGCAGAACAUACAGCUUCCUGCUGCGCUGCUGUCCCGAUUUGAUCUCCUUUGGCUGAUCCAGGACCGGCCUGACCGGGACAAUGAUCUCCGGUUGGCCCAGCACAUCACCUACGUGCACCAGCACAGCCGGCAGCCCCCAGCCCAGUUUGAGCCGUUGGACAUGAAACUGAUGAGACGUUACAUCGCCAUGUGCCGGGAGAAGCAGCCCACAGUGCCAGAGUCCCUGGCCGACUACAUAACAGCAGCGUACGUGGAGAUGAGGCGAGAGGCUUGGGCCAGCAAGGAUGCCACCUACACAUCGGCCCGGACGCUGCUGGCCAUCCUGCGGCUGUCCACCGCCCUGGCGCGUCUGCGGAUGGUGGACACAGUGGAGAAGGAAGAUGUGAAUGAAGCCAUAAGGCUAAUGGAGAUGUCAAAGGACUCCCUUCUGGGCGACAAGGGGCAGAUGGCAAGGACCCAGAGACCCGCAGAUGUGAUCUUUGCCACUGUCCGGGAGCUGGUCUCCGAGGGCCGAAGUGUGCGGUUCUCAGAAGCGGAGCAGCGCUGCAUAUCCCGAGGCUUCACGCCUGCCCAGUUCCAGGCGGCUCUAGAUGAGUAUGAGGAGUUAAAUGUCUGGCAGGUUAAUACUGCCCGGACACGGAUUACUUUUGUCUGAUUCCAUCCAGCUUGCGAGACAUUGGGGUCCCCCUUUGUGCUGACCCACCCCUCCCUCAAGAGACCUCAUGAUGCCUUUGAGGGGAAAGGAAGACCCCCCCCCCGUUUCUCCUGAGCUGCACUUGUUUUAUUCUUGCUAAUAAAGUGUUUGUAGAUUGCUAUAUUCUA